UAACCUCUUAUUCCUUUUUCAACAUAUUCCCAAUUUUCUUCAUGAAAAUAUACUCUUAAUUAGUUUUCAUUAAUUUGGAUGUUCUGUCAGUUGGACCUGUUUACACGUUUGAAAGGUAUUCAAAACCACUAGCUAAUUUGGUCUACCUGAUAUAUACAAAUGAAGAAGAUUCAUGAGUUAAGAUAGCACCCAUCUUCCUUUGAUCACCAAAAAUCACACACAAAAUGGGGAGGAAGAUUCAUGUGGUUCAUUCCCUUCCCACUUCAGAGUCACAUAACUUCCAUGAUGAAGCUAGCAAAAAUCCUUCAUUUCAGAGGCGUUCAUGUAACCUUUGUCAACACAGAAUUCAACCACCAACGUUUACUCAAUUCAAGGGGGCCAGAUUCUAUGAAAGGCUUACCUGAUUUUCGGUUCGAAACAAUCCCUGACGGUCUUCCACCACCAACGGAUUCAAAUGCCACCCAAGAUGUCAUACCACUCUGCACUUUCCUGAUCUCAUCCAAAGAGGCUUUUUUCCACUCCAAGAUGAGAGUUACCGAACAAACGGAUAUCUAGACACACCAAUUGAUUGUAUACCCGGUGUAAAGGAUAUAAGGUUUCAAGAUUUACCAAGCAAUGUUCGGACUACCGAUCCUAAUGAUCCCAUGGUAGAAUUUUUAAUGCAAGAAGCUGGAAGAAGUUACGACGCUACAGCCUUGAUUUUCAAUACCUUCGAUGCCCUGGAGAUGGAGGUUUUGGAUGCACUCAAGUCUCAGUUGCCACUGCCACCUAUUUACACCGUUGGCCCUCUUCAUUUACUCCUCAAUCAGAUUCCAUUAAGUGAGUCGCAAUCUCUUGGAUCAAAUUUGUGGAUAGAGGAUACCAAGUGUCUAGAAUGGCUUGAUUCCAAAAAGCCUAACUCAGUCGUGUAUGUGAAUUUCGGCAGCAUCACUGUUAUGACACCUCAACAACUCGUUGAAUUCGCAUGGGGACUAGCAAACAGUAAGCAUAAUUUCUUAUGGAUCAUAAGACCUGAUCUAGUAGUUGGAGAGUCAGCUACUUUGCCACCUGGAUUUGCAGAAAAAAUUAAGGAAAGAGGACUUCUAGCAAAUUGGUACCCGCAAGAAGAUGUUUUAAAUCAUGCAUCAAUAGGUGGAUUCCUGACACACUGUGGUUGGAACUCAAUUCUUGAAAGCUUGAGUUGUGGAAUUCCUAUGAUCUGUUGGCCGUUUUUCGCAGACCAGCAAAUAAAUUGCAGGUACUUAUGUAAGCACUGGGAAGUCGGUAUGGAGAUCGAUAACAAUGUGAAGCGAGAUGAAGUUGAGAGGUCAGUUAGGGAGUUAAUGGAAGGAGAGAAAGGUAAAAUAAACAUGAAGGAAAGAGCUAUGGAGUGGAAGUUGAAAGCGGAAGAGGCAACUUUACCAGGUGGUUCCUCUUAUGUUACUAUAGACAAGAUCGUCAGCGAAAUGUUUGGCAGCAAAACUACAUGAUUGUUGAGUAUUUUUACAUUCACAGUUUUUAUUGGGGCUCAGGUGGAGAGCACAAUCAUGCAACUUGCUUAUUGAGUAUUUUUACAUUCACCAUUCUGGUAAAAUUUUACUGGAAAAACUAAAAGUCUAAAUAGAUAAUAAAUAUGUAAUU